UUGGCGUCCUCUCUGCUGCUACUGUUGGUGGUGCCCUGAAUGGCGGGGAAUGGAUGCUGCUUCGGUGGUGCAACGAUGCUAUGGCUCAUAACCAGCCCGCCGGCCUCGGCGUCUUGUUGAUGUCAAAAUCGACCUUGUCGCGCCGCGGCUCGCUGCUGGGCAUGCGCGUACCUUGCAGUCGUAUCACCAGGCGCUCCGAGCCGAUCGGAGCUCCACUCAGCUCAGAGCUGAUGAUGGCGUGAUGCCGAGAUUGCCUAAACGGGCAAAAGAGAGAGAGAGAGAGAGAAAGAGAUGCGCGCAAAGGCACAAGCUUAUUCAAGCGUGGCCUAAGUUGCAGGCGUCACUGGUCCGGACACGCUCUUUAGCCCCAGGUGGGGGGACGCCGUCAACGGCCCGCUUCGUUGGUGUCGCCGUCGCCGUCGUCGUUGAUGCAGGCGCCAAGCACACGGAGAUGGGUAACGUGACGGGUCGUGUGGCGCUCAGAGAGGAUAAGAUAGAUGCAGCAAGUCGACAGGCAGGCGCCGUCGCGUCACAGUGCUUCGUCGGUUUUAAAAACCCUCGUGGGUGUGUGCACCUCACACGCCGUCCACGGAGAGAGAGCGCGCGCUGGCUGGCUGCACGCGAGGUCGACGGCAGAGGAGUGCGAAGAGAAAGACGAGGGAGCCGUACCCUGUAGCAAUCGUCGGGCGGAUGGGCGACGGAGGAUGGGACUAGUCGACGGAGAUUUUGAGGGCGUCGACUCGCUCGCUCGAGGUGGG